GCUCCGCCGUUGUCUCACAGCAGCAGCAUCGUCGCACUGCAUGGCCUGAACGGCCACCGGGAGAAGACGUGGACGGCGGAAAAUGGCGUCCACUGGCUCCGAGACCUCCUCCCUGAGGACCUUCCGCACGCCCGCAUCCUCUGCUGGGGCUACGACGCGAAUACGCAUGCCACUGAUCGAGUGAGCUGGCAGUAUCUUCGUCCUCAA